AUGAUUGAGUGUUUCGGGGGAUGGUGGUGGGGAGCCGGCCCAAGACCCAAGAAAAUCAAUCCGAAAUGUGCCACUGUUAGAAUAAUACAAAACUGGAAAUGGAAGAAAAAAAAAGAGCGCAAAUCGACGGAGAGAAAGGGGGAAAGGGGGAAAACCGCAAAGAAGAGAGAGAAGAGAGAAGAAGAUCCGAGCACCCCAUUCACAGUAGUAAUCCAACACUUGCCUGCUGGGGCCGCGGGGGGAGUGUACAUUAUCAUACACGCCCGUGCAGACGACGGCUGGAUAUUCAAAAUACCCUAG